GGGCGGGGAGGGGCCGCACCAACGCCAGCCAGCCGCCAGUGACCUGCCAGCCGGGACCGGGAGCAGGGAGCCGGCCGGACGCGCGGACAGGCCCGGCGAGCGCGGCGGAGCUGGUGUCCUUGAGUGAGGGUAGCAGGGAGUGAAAGAGGAGGAGAAAAGAAAAUUAAGAAAGGUGUAUGAGUUUUGGACUUUUCCACACCCAGGGUCAGAAUGCCGCUCCUCUGUCAUGCCCUCACUGUAGCUGUGGUCCAGACCUUUAUCUUCUCAGAAAACCGGGCAUUUGCCAAGAACAUCAACUUCUAUAACGUGCGGCCUCCUCUUGACCCGACACCAUUUCCAAACAGCUUCAAGUGUUUUACCUGUGAAAAUGCAGGGGAUAAUUAUAACUGCAAUCGAUGGGCAGAAGACAAAUGGUGCCCACAAAAUACACAGUACUGUUUGACAGUACAUCACUUUACCAGUCAUGGAAGGAGUACAUCGAUCACCAAAAAGUGUGCCUCCACAAGUGAAUGUCAUUUUGUUGGCUGCCACCACAGCCGAGAUUCUGAACACACGGAGUGUAGGUCUUGCUGUGAAGGGAUGAUCUGCAAUGUUGAGUUACCCACCAACCACACGAAUGCGGUCUUUGCUGUGAUGCAUGCUCAGAGGACGUCUGGCAGCCGUGCCCCUGCGCUCCACCUACCAGUGCUGGCCUGGGCCUUCAUGCUGCUGUUGAUGUGAUACCACCAUUCCUGGGCGAGGCAGAGACCAGCCCUCUAAAGCACAAGCCAACAACUGUGUAAACAGUGAACUUUGGAGUGAAGACCCAUCUUGCACUUGGUGAAGAAUGCUCAUCGGACCCCAAAGCAGAAGCCAGGUGCUUAGCUGAAAUGCUCCUGCACAAGGCCACUGAGGAAGGGGACUUGGCAGGGACUGAGGGAUGUUGUGGAUUUUAUAUUUCUUGAUCAAAGGGGCUGCAUUUAGUCACUUCUGCAAGGAGAGUCUUGCCAGCAUCUACUACGGGCAGGUUCAGUAGCCUGUAUUGUCCCCACCUGACCAGGCCUGGAGCAGAAAGGACUCCUUGACUGAUCAACUCCUUCAGGGGCUGCUGGAUCAGACCCUCUCUUUUCUGUGAUUAGCUCAGAGCAUCUCUAUGAAAUAUAACCCUUCUCCAAUAAGAAAGCAAUUUCCCCGCCAACGGUGUAGUCAAUGAGAAGGGCAACUACAAGAAGAAAACUUCCAGUGGAACUAAUAUGAAACCCAUUUGCUAUU